CAUCAUGGGAUAUGUAGUCCAUUUUCCGAAGCCAGUGGCAACACUUACGGCUAGUCCCGAAAGCAGUGGCACUUGUGGCAGGUGUCAGCGGAAGUGCCAGUAUGAAGUGCCGAAGUCAGUGGCAGCACUGGCAGCUAGUCCCGAAAGCAGUGGCACUUGUGGCACCGGAAGUGCCAUUAGUAGGUGCGGCUACCAGUUCGCUUUGGCAGUUCGCUUUGGAGCGAGCGUAUGUUUUCUACGCUGACGUUCCUUCCUUCGUGGGGGGAGGGGGUGCGCCGAUUUAUGUUUUCGCAUCCACCUGAAUAAUGUGCAGUUGCGCCACUGGUUGGAGACGAAACACCUGCGCGACGUCAUCGCUGCAGCCGCUUGUCUGCACUCAUUGAGCGUGAACUCCUCCAGUCCCCAGUGCGCACAGGGAAAGGAUGGGAUGCUCCACCAGCUCUCAAACUUCAGCGGUAGACACGACUCGACCCAACGCCAAACCCGAGGAGAGCAACGGAGCCAGCACCACAGGGGCGGCCGGUGAGAAUGGAAACAUAGCUGAGGACAGCGAGACCAUUCCAGACCAAACACCGGCUGAAGGCGGCGAUGCUAAACCUGAGAGCGAAGCCGCUGCAGCGGCUACAUCUGCAGAGAGCUCUGCCGCAAGCCCCCCAGCAGCGGAGGAGUCGCCUCCUGCAGCGGACAGCAAGCCAGCAGAGGAAGCUGCACCGGCAGAGGCAGCAGCAGGCGAUGCUCCAGCAGCAGGAGAUGCUCCAGCAGCAGGAGAUGCUCCAGCAGCAGGAGAUGCUCCAGCAGCAGGAGAUGCUCCAGCGCCGGCUCCACCUGCAGACGGCUCUGCCGAAGCAGCACCAAGCUCCCCAGAGGCUGCACCUCCGGACCAAGAGGCCACGGCGACUGAUUCAGAGCCCAAACCAGAGGAGGCACCUGCGCCCGGCGAGUGAAGCGUGACGAAACCGACCACACGGAUGAGCUUGCUGGAAGAGGCGCUCCCCGUCCGUGUGCAUGGGUGGGAGUGCGAGUGUUUGUGUGGAAGAAAAACAUGCCUUGUUGCCAAGAUGCUGACCCUGAUGAUGACCUCUGUCAUUCAGGGUUCCUCUGUCACCAUUGUGCCUUUUCCCCUCCUCCCCCUUCUUGACGAUGCACAACUACAGUUUUUACUGUACAUAGACAGAUAUGUUCAUCGGAGAGAAGUUUUAGAGAAAUCAUUAUAAUCGAUAUUUAUUGUAUGUAUAGAAAUGUUUGACUUGGAUUAGAAUCUGUCCAGAUUUUUUUUUUUUCUACAAACUAUAUUCUGACAAAAACCGUAGUUUAUUUUACCAGUUUAAAUACACAAGGUGGCCUUCUUCAAUUUGAUGUUCUAUUGUUGUUAUGAAGGUCCUGGAGAAAUAAACGCUGCCUUUGCUGAAUUAAAUAAGAACAUUCCUACGUCUCAUGACGAUGAAAGCCUGAAAUUUGUUAUAAGCUGUGAACUAUCACAUAAAUUAAAAAGGCAGUAUAAAAAAUAAUAAAAUAAAGAAAAGACACUCGA